AUGGCUGCACCUUACCAAUGUCUUGUUGUGCGGAGCUCCAAAGAUGUAGGCGACUGGGUGCUCUUCGGCGCGAGUGGACCGAAGUUGGUGGCCCAGUCUAGUAACGGAGCGACAUCAGUGUGGCCAGCACAGGAGGCGCAGACCGAAGAGCAGCAGGACAGCGAAUCUGAGGAGCGCCCAGGUAAAAGGAUCAAGCUGGAACAUCCAAAAGAACAAAAGUCCAACUUUUCGGAUCUGAUACUAUCGCACAAUGGAAAGUACCUAAUUGGCGUUACUGGCGAGGACAAAUGCAUCCGAGUCUUUGAAAUCGACACCCAGGGUCGACUACACCAAUUAAGUGAUAGAUGCAUGUCAAGAAGGCCGUCUUCAAUCACCAUCACGUCUGACGACACAACAAUCCUAUGUGCGGACAAGUUCGGAGACGUAUAUGCUCUGCCACUUCUUCCAUCACCAGAAGACGACCUGGUACAGCAGCGUGAUAUCCCUGCAGCCGAACCAGAGCAGAAGGACUGGAUGCCCUCAGCUACAACUCUUACAGUUCACUCUGGCAGAAACCGAAAAACACUGGAAGAGCAGCUCAAGCAAAAGGCAAAGGGUCCCGCAAAGUCUAAAGAGCCCAUGCGCUUCGAGCAUGAACUCCUCCUCGGACACGUUUCUAUGCUCACAGAUGUCACUUAUGCAAAUGUGGAUGGUCGGAGUUACAUUAUAACGGCCGACCGUGACGAGCACAUCCGAAUUUCACGAGGUCAACCGCAAGCCCACAUUAUUGAGGGCUUCUGCUUCGGCCACGAGGCCUUUGUAAGCAGACUACGUCUCACACCAUCCGGCCUUCUUGUCUCCGGCGGCGGAGACGAUGAUUUGUUCGUGUGGGAUUGGCAAACUUGCUCUCUGAAGGAGAGGCUCACUAUCCGAGAUCUCGCCUUUGGCCAUCUCCAGGGACGGAAUGUGGUUCCAAUAGACUUGGAGUGUACAAGCUACAAGGUCGCCGUCUCUGGUAUAUGGUCUUUGCCAAAUCAGGGAAAUGAUGCCGAGCGUAUCCUUGUAGCGUGUGAAGGCGUCCCAGCACUAUUCGACUUGGCGAUGGGAGGAUCUACGCCUGGAUCCCAAAUCUCAUUGAAGGGUAACGUGCUUGACAUUGCUUUGAUUGUGAAUCCGACAGGCUCCGUUCGGAUUGUAGUCUCCAUAGACAACGUCCACAAACCAGGCUCAACCACGGAGAAACGUGAGGAUCAAGUACCUAAAUUGCAAUGUUUCUCUCUUCAACCUGAGGGUUUGUGGCAGGAAGAUGCAGAGCUUGCAAAGGUGUUGGAGAGUUUUGAGCGGAGUAGCAACACGGCGAAUAGCAGUGUUCAGGGCGCCGACGACGAUGCUGUUCGGAGCAUACUAUACAACAUCGAGAACCUCAGGAAGCGUCCAGGCGCGGAGGAUUAG